UGAAAAACCAUAGCGCUGCCCCGCGCCCGUAAAGCGCGCAAACGCAGCCAAGAGACGCGGGCGGUUGCGUAGGCGUGAGACCGAGAGAAAGACAAUGGGCCAGGUCGGCUCUUUACCGGACGGCAGCGAGCUCAAGGAGCCGGAAGAGAAGGUGAGCCCCUCCACUUUAGUCAACGCGAACUUCGGCCUCGUGUUUGUGAAGCCGCAUGCGCACAAGCCCGAUUGUAUCGAGUUCGUGAAGGACGAGCUGAGCAAGAAGGUGAAGAUAUUGGGCGGGUGCUCCAUCGGCGCCGACGCCAUCAAGGAGGGCGGGAUUGUGGACAAGCACUACGCUGCGAUCGCCGACGCCUCGGAGAACGGCGUCGAAGGCCUCAAACCGACAGCAGAAGCGAAGGAGAAGUUCCAGGAGGCCUUCGGGUGCAAUUACGACGACAUGGUGGCGGCGGAGUGCAUCAAGUCGGCGUCGGCCUGCGCUCUUCAGCUCGGCAAGGGCGGUGAUCCGAUGCCUCCGAAGGACUUAAAUAAUCUCUGGACGACGUGUGGCGCCACGGUCAAGAUCGCUUCUGGCGUCUAUGUGGCUCGGCUGAAGGGUGGGGACGACGAAGAGGAGGAAGAAGAGGAUAGUGAGGAGGAGGACGGCGGCGGCGGCGGGUCGAACAACCUGUUUUGUGUCAACGGCUUCUACCCAUCACUCAAAGCUGCCUACGAGAAGGAUGGCGCGGAAGUGCAUCUACUAGUCGUGGCCUGGGACCCCGCGCGUCUGUCCUGGGCGGCCUUCAAGAACGACGUCAUCGGCGCGACGAAUCCCGAGCAAGCCAAUGAUGGAUCGAUUAGGAAGAAGCUCCUCGAGCAGUGGGACCCGCUCGGACUACCGGAGCAGCCCAACGGCACGGACAACGGCGUGCAUGCUUCCGCCGGGCCGCUCGAAGCCUUGAAGGAGAGACUGCUCUGGUGCGGGUUUGACCUCGAGAAGGAUCCCACCGGAUCUAGGUUGGUCCAAUUAGCGGUCUGGGACGAGUCCCGGCAUCCGGCCAUCAACGAAUUACUGGAGAACCCCGACGUCGACGUGGCGGGCUUCAAGGGCAAGGCCUUUGAUUUGUUGGAGAACAAGGACACGCCGGACCUCUACGUGCUGGCGAACAACGUCGCCUUCAAGGAGGAGCUGGCCGGGGUCUGCUGAGUUUUCUGGGGCCUAAGAGUGCUUUUUGGGAC